GGCCCACGUGCCAAACCGUAAUCUGCCUUAAAAGACCGUGUCGAAACGCGUCUAAGCCGUCUGCCACGUGGAUUCCCGAGGGGUAUAUAGUUUGAAUCCUCACAGCUUUGCUGCCCACUGUGUCAUUUCAUGGUAAAGCUGCUGCAAUCAAAACCAAAAUUAAGAAAUGCGGAUGUUCGGAGACGGAAUGAAGAUAGUGGAGUCCACUGCUUGGCCGGGUUUGAAUAAGGACGUGGAGUUCGCCGUCAUGGUCUCCACUCUCCAGAAUGUCAUCACCGGAAACAUUGAACCUCUACAAAAUGAUACCUUCACCACCCACCACAGUAAUGAUCUGACCGUGCUGGCUCUGCCGGAUCCUGAGAAGUGUCAGGAAUGCGGUUUCGACGGCUGUCUCGGGUGCAAUUUCUUUGCCCCACCGGACGAGAGAGGGAAGAAGAGGACUAGAAAGAGGAAGUACAGGGGAGUUCGACACAGGCCCUGGGGAAAAUGGGCGGCAGAAAUUCGAGACCCGCAAAAAGCGGUGCGCUUGUGGCUGGGCACCUUCGACAACGCCGAGGCAGCCGCCCGAGCUUACGACAGGAAAGCCAUUGAGUUCCGCGGAAUUAAAGCCAAGCUCAACUUUCCACUAUCCGACUACACAAACGAAACAGAAUCAAGCAACAUUAUGGGAGUUAGAGUUAAGCCCACUACGUCGGAUCUCGGAGAGAGUCGAAAAUUGAAGAGUAAAGAGAAAUUGCAUGACGCGGUAGAUGAGAGCGAACUGAGCAAGAAGAAGACUGCGGUAGCAGGGGAGGCCAGUAGAGUAAGAGAAUAGAUGGAAGAUAGGUGAACACGACAAGAUUGGGCGUUGUUGGAUUUUUUUUUUUUUUUUUUCUUUUACGAACGACGGAUUACCCAAACUACCAAAAUUUUGAAAAUGUUUUGCCGGGAAGCGUAACCGUUCAUCUCCAACAGUGUAGUUAGGAAUGUGUAUGUAGGUAUAUAAUAUAUAUCCAUACAGCUUCCAUACUGUUGAAAUCUGGCUCAUAACCCCACUGAAAUUUUGGUAUUGCAUCCUAUGGAUGAUAUAUAGAGGGCGGAGAAUCUCCGUGUAUUAUUUUCCAAAUAAAAAUGAUGGCGUUACUUUGAAUAAUGGAAUGGAGAUAUUUGG